AUGGGCUUUCCCGAGUCGGACUGUGAGCAACCCGCACUCACGCUGGCGAGGGGCCCAAGGCGAGAGCGUCCCCGCGCGUGGAGGGAGGCGCUCGACCGGGCGCCAAGACCUGCGCCGGUGGGUCAUUCCGCGGCGACGCCUUCAAAGUCCCCAACGGGAAGCAGCUGGAAGGGUCGCGUUGACAGUUCUCACAAGAUUCAGUGUGGGGUCCACUGUUUUUGUGGAGGAAAGACCACAGGUGUGAUUCUGCUCCUGACCAAUCACAAAUCCUUUCUGAAAAUGAGUUUUGCAAUUGAGGAAGUUUCCUUUUUAGGGGUGGUGAUUGCUUCCUUUACUAUAGUGGCAAUAUUAAUUUAUGUACGAAUUUUAACAAAGAGCAAACAACCACUUCCACCAGGACCUUGGUCACUACCUAUUUUGGGGAAUCUUCUCCAGCUUGGGGAGUAUCCUUAUGUUUUCUUUGAUCAGAUGAGGAAGAAGUACGGAGAUGUGUUUCAGAUACAGCUUGGAAUGGUUCCUGUUGUGGUUGUUAAUGGCCUGGAUGCUAUAAAACACGUGCUGCUGAGAGAUGGAGAAAGUUUUGCUGGGCGACCUGAUAUGCACACCUUUUCUUUUUUUGCCAAUGGUGAGAGCUUAUCAUUUUCAGUGAAAUUUGGAGAGAGUUGGAAGCUGCAGAAAAAAAUUGCUGGCAAGGCUUUAAAGUCACUCGCCAGGUCUGAAGCCAAGUCCUCCACUUGUUCUUGUCUUCUUGAAGAGCAUGUUUGUGCUGAGGCAUCAGAAAUGGUGAAAACUUUUUUAGAACUCUCAAAGAAAGGGAGCUUUGAUCCUGUUGUGGUGACAACCUGUACUGUGGCCAAUGUUGCCUGUGCCCUCUGCUUUGGCAAGAGGUACAGCCAGAGUGAUGAAGAAUUUCUGAGUGUGAUUAAUCUGAGUCAUGAUCUUGUAAAAGCCACAAGUGUCUUCAAUCCAGCUGAUUUCAUACCAUGUCUUCAUUAUCUUCCACUCGCUGCUGCAAAGGCUGCUCGUGAGUUUUAUGGAAAGUUCAAUAACUUUGUUGCACAGCAUGUGGAAGACCAUUAUGUCACAUAUGAUAAGAAUAUUUCCAGAGACAUCACCGAUGCUUUAAUUAAUGUUAGCAGUGAAAAAAAAGCAGUUGAGAAAACUGUAACCUUAUCAAAUGAAAAAAUAAUAAUUACUGUCAAUGAUAUCUUUGGAGCUAGUUUUGGUACACUGUCAUUAUGCUUGCAAUGGAUAUUUCUGUACCUGAUAAACAACCCAGAAAUUCAGACAAAAAUUCAAGAAGAAAUUGAUGGAAAGAUUGGACUAAGGCCUCCAAGGUUUGAAGACCGAAAAGAUUUGCAUUAUACAGAAGCUUUCAUCAAUGAAGUCUUCAGGCACACCUCUUUUAUUCCAUUCACCAUUCCUCACUGUACUACCAAAGACACCAUUCUCAAUGGGUACUAUAUUCCACAAAAUACGUGUAUAUUCAUUAAUAUGUAUCAAGUUAAUCAUGAUGAAAACUUGUGGAUAGACCCUGACUUGUUUAAACCACAGAGAUUUUUGAAUGAAAAUGGUGAGCUCAACAAGAGCUUGGUUGAAAAGGUUUUGAUCUUUGGAAUGGGGCUCUGAAAAUGCUUGGGAGAAGAAGUAGCCCGUAAUGAGAUCUUUGUUAUCCUUACCACUGUCUUGCAGCAGCUGAAACUGGAGAAAUUACUUGAAGAUCAGCUAGAUACAACACCAAUAUAUGGGCUGUCUAUGACACCAAAGCCCUAUAGAAUAUGUGUGUCACUGCGUGCUUGACUUGAAGAAGAGUAUGAGAAAGGAGCUUUGCUUUCAUCAUCUAAUGAUUGUGUGAAAUAAUGUAAUGCAAAAGCUGCUGUUUCCAAGUUAAUUUUUUUCCAAAUGCAUUGGAUGUCAGCUCCCAUAUAAUAACAUUAUUAUUAGUAUAUUAGAUUGUUAGACGGCUGAAGUCAGAGGCUUCCACAGGAUCUAAUGCUUUCAAUACUGGCACCAUCUUUGCUUCAGAUGCCUCUGGUUGCAACCAUGUGGAACACUUGUGUGGUUUUGGAACCAGGAGACUUGAUGCUUUUGUUCAUUACAGAGCAUAUGAAAAAUGUGGAGAAAUUCAGCAGCUCCCUUUCCUGCCAAGGAGAAUUCAGGAGUAGCAGAAGAGGAAGUUCUUAACAGCAUCCAUUUAAAAUAUGCUACUCUUCUUUAAAAAGUGUAUCCAGGCUAACAAAUAUCAAGGAAUUGCCUGGCUAACUGCAAUAAAUGAACUUUUUGCUUGUUUUGUAAUCUUAUACCUCCCUUGCAAAUCAAAACAAACGCCAAUGUAAUACUUGCGAGGCAGAGUAUUACUUUGGUGUUAAUGUGGCUUUACGAAUGUGUUUAAUCUUGGAAACUUCUACUGCAAUGCCCUGAAAGAGCUUUAUUUCUUAAACUUAGUUUUGCUAAAGAAACAAAGUUUAACAUUUUACUGAAAAAUAAUGAAUGAAUCAGUUGAAAAAGGAAAAUGCCUUGUAUCUAUGUAGUCUUAAGCAGAAAUAAAUAUUUAAUAUUUCUAUUCAGAAUGACCUGUACAGGUGAAGAUAAUUAUUAGGAAAAACAUCAAUGUUGCUGGUAAAUGACGACUAGGGGGAGUUGCGAGAGAUUGGGGUGGCUUCUACAUUUCAUAAAUAAAUAAAUAAAUAUUACUUUUUAAUUUGUCAGCCAGAGCAAUUUUAUAUAAUACUUAUCCAAUGAAAUAUGUUUUCAGUUUGAUAGUUAACAACAGGAAAUGAAUCAAUUUCUUACGUGGCAUCAAUUGAUGUGCCCAGAACAUUUAAAUCCUCAGUAUGGGAUUAAAUCCACAGGAUGGGUUAGGGUUUGGAAGACCAGAUCAACCAGUUGCAUUGCAUUUCUGAUAGAAAACACUUGUUCUUUAACCCUUCUGUGAAAUGGGUAUCCAUUGGAGCAGCAAACUGGAAUACAGAGGAAAGUUUUAAAUGUUCAGAAGCUUAGUCUCAGCUCUUCAGUUUCCUGCUCCCUUGAACAUUUAUACUGUAACUUCAUUGAAUAUUAACUUUUUAGAACAUUGCACUUUAACUGCUACUGGAAUGAUUGUUUGCACUAUGUUGAAAAGCAUGGGGGAAGUAUGUGAACUGCCCUCUCCAUUAGCUCAUUCUUCAAAUGCAUUUCCUUCCUUUGUUGGAUAGCUGGCAGUUCCACAUGAAGACUUGUCCACUUUGCUGUUUGAUUGCUACCAUAUCUGACAUUAUCCACGCUCAGAAUUACUUCUUUUUGGUCAAAUCUGUAUAAGGUUCAUGUUCUUAAGAAGCUUCACUGAAUCAUUAUUAAAAAUGAAACGUCUACCGUGACAUUUAUUUUAAAAUGCUUAAUGAAAUAGGCAAGUCCUCAUGUGACAUUAGAAGGUACACAGAAUUUGGAGCUUGAUAUGGACUAUGCUUAACUGAACUUCAUUUGAAACAAGUUUUCCAACCCAUCUAAACAAGUUGGAAGCUUGUUUCUAUACUGGCCAUGUUAGAAUUGGAGUGGUGUUGGGUGCUAUGACUAUUGAGGUUUAAUUUAGUUUAAUUUAUUUUAUUUUAUUUUAUUUUAUUUUAAUUGAUUUAUGUGUCUGCCUGACUCUAGGACAACUCUGGGCGGUAGUCGAAAAAAUCUGAAGAGCAUCAGAUUGGAAAGAUUUGAACAAAGCUGGUUAACUGUUGAAUUGAUAUCUGAGUUUGACUGCUAAUACUUUUUUUAAAUACAGCUUUAUUAAAAAAAAUUUAAAAAGAUAAAAACUAACAAAC